GCUGAUACCAAGAAGAGGUACAUUAGUAAGUAGCACGUCUGCGAGGGCUGUGUGACACUGACACAGUAGCUGACACAGCAGGUGAUCAGCCGCGGGCAGCCGACCCUCCUGGCCAGCGUAGACUGUGGCGGUGCCUUUCUCUGUCUCACUCCCGUAGACGAACCUCUCUUCGUUAAAAUUUUGAUGACGUGAAGGCAGAACUACAAAGGGAUCUGGACAGGCUGCAGACCUGGUCCAGCAAUUGGCUCCUGGAGUUCAAUCCCACCAAGUGCAAAGUCAUCAAAAAUUGGGGAAGGGCAAAGAAGACCGCAGACGGAGUACAGUCUAGGGGGCCAGAGACUACAAACCUCACUCAAGGAAAAAGAUCUUGGGCUGUGACUGGAGUGAAGGACAGAGGCGACAACUACGAUCUGACAGACAUAGAAACAACAGAGACCAGAGAAGCUCAGUGGUGAAGAACUCGUGGGUUAGCAGAACUAACUAACCCAGUGCUACAGUACUGAUACAAUCCCGUCCACUGAGUUAAAAAUAUAUAUAUGUGUAAGAAUUACCAUAUAGCUACUGAGGUGAAUGAGAAUAGCGUCGUCAGUGUACCUAAGUGAAAUAUCUGUUGAAAUUCACACAUGAACUGGAGGUGAUAAAAACAAGUGAAGAUAUUGAAAAAGUGAAUUAAAAAUCCUAAGUUGAAAAAUAAAAAUAGUGGAUUCAGAUAAUACAUAUAAGAACAUUGUAAUACGCAGUUUUCACACAAUGCACAAGGUAAAAUAAAGAAAUAAUGAAAGCAGAAAUUAGAAAGCAGUAAAUCUGAAGGUGCACGCAGAUUUUUUUUUCGGUAUAUUAGAAAAGAUACUGGUUGUUAAGUUGACCACAGUCAAAAAAAAAAAAAAAAAAAAAAAAAAACCUCUCUCAAUUUUUCCCUUCUCCGUCUUCCUGCGAGGUUAUCUUCAUACUGACUGGAGACUGAAGGCCGAGGUCCUCCACCGAGAUGUUGAAUGUGUUAGAAACAAAGGCGGUGGCUUUGUCGGUGAUGGCUAUCCUCACUCUCUGCUUCUCCCUCCUGCCUCUUCUAGUGCGCAGACUCCUACUUCGUAGUAUUCACCAAGACAAGAGCCAGACUGCACUCACCGGGUGUCUGUGUUUUGGAGCUGGCGUCCUGUUGUCUAUAGUGUUCGUGCACUUGCUGCCUGAGACCAGGGAGACUUACCAGGACGCCAUGAACUCUGGCUUCAUGAAGCAAACUUCCUUCCCUGUGGCCGAGGUCGUUUUGUGCUGCGGGUUUUUCUUGGUGUACCUAAUGGAGGAAAUUAUUCACACUUGGAUCAAUCAUCGAAGUCAGCUAGACGAAGUGGAAGUAACUCACGAAGGUCCCACAACGUUUGAAGACGCGAAGGAAAUGGCCAAGCUGAAGAGGCUACCUGUGAUCAGGGUGUCAGAAAGCCGUCACUCAACUGGCAGCCACAUUGCCGUCAUGAGUGUGAUGGUGCUAACAAAUUUAGAUGGCAAGAGUAACGAGAUAUUUGAGGGCGACGACUAUUCCAAGGGAGAUAAAGAAAAUGAUGCCAACAGGCACAAUGUCCACACAAUACCACACUGCCACCACUCCUCACCCGUAGACAACAAAACGUCUGUGAUGGGAGCCGUGGUAGUUGUGGUGGCUCUGUCCUUCCAUGGUAUCAUGGAGGGUCUAGCACUCGGCCUUGAGAGUACUAAUACAGGCGUCUGGAUUCUCUUUGGAGCUAUGAGUGCGCAUAAAUUUGUAAUAGGCUUCAGCAUGGCCAUGGAACUGCUGGAAGUUGGGGUCCCCUUUAAACCAUUUUUGGCUUCCAUGAUUAUCUUCUCAUUAGCCGCACCUCUUGGCUGUCUUUUUGGCUGUCUGGUGCUAGCUUUCUCAACUGGAGAAACUGCGGUGGGACUCCUGCUUCCCAACGUCUUGCAAUCAGUGGCCGGAGGGACAGUUCUUUAUAUCACUUUCUGCGAAGUUUUAGAAAGAGAGCGGACUAAGCCCUUGGGAGGGUGGGUGCGCUUCUUGACCUUACUGAUAGGCUUUUUCGUCAUGGUGGGACUGGAGUCCUUGGAGGCUGAGGAUACUAACCUUCCUACCACGAAUGCGACCACUAUCCAAUCCUUUACCACGCUUGAAUUCUCUUCCGCGAUCUUUACUACGAUAGAUGGCUCCACUACGAUAAAUAACGUUACUACGACGGAUAUCUUCACCACGAUAAAUAACUUCACUUCGGAAAAUAACUUGACCACUAUGGCGACUGAAAUAACAAAGGUAGUUGUGAGCAUUGCUGAUAACAGUGGACCUUGACUAGCGAAUUUAAGACAGUGAGGAGAGAUUCUCUGCCUCAUAUGAACACUGUCAGCCCAACCUGUGAUCCCAAGCUUUGUGUUGUUGCUCAUGACAUAGUGAUCCCACGAGCUGGUCACAGCAAUGAUUAUAUGAGCUGGUCGCAGCAAUGAUCCCAUGAGCUGCUAACAGCAAUGAUUAUAUGAGCCGGUCUGAGCAAUGAUUAUAUAAUCUGGCCACAACAAUGCUUAUAUAAUCUGGCCACAGCAAUGAUCCCAUGAGCUGCUAACAGCAAUGAUUAUAUGAGCCGGCCACAGCAAUGAUUAUAUAAUCUGGCCACAACAAUGAUUAUAUGAGCUGAUCACAGCAAUUAUUAUAUGAGCUGAUCACAGCAAUUAUUAUAUGAGCUGUUCACAGCAAUUAUUAUAUGAGAUGACCACAGCAAUUAUUAUAUGAGCUGAUCACAGCAAUGAUUAUAUGAGCCGGUCUGGGCAAUGAUUAUAUGAACUGGUCGCAGCAUUGCUUAUAUAAUCUGGCCAUAGCAAUGAUUAUGAGCUGAUCACAGCAAUGAUUAUAUGAGCUGGUCUGAGCAAUGAUUAUAUGAGCCGGUCUGAGCAAUGAUUAUAUGAGCUGGCCACAGCAAUGAUUAUGAGUGGGUCGCAGCAAUGAUUAUAUAAUCUGGCCAUAACAAUGACUGUAUGAGCUGGUCGCAGCAAUGAUUAUAUAAUCUGGCCAUAGCAAUGACUAUGAGCUGGUCGCAGCAAUGAUUAUAUAAUCUGGCCAUAGUAAUGACUAUGAGCUGGUCGCAGCAAUGAUUAUAUAAUCUGGCCAUAGCAAUGACUAUGAGCUGGUCGCAGCAAUGAUUAUAUAAUCUGGCCAUAGCAAUGACUAUGAGCUGGUCGCAGCAAUGAUUAUAUAAUCUGGCCAUAGCAAUGACUAUGAGCUGGUCGCAGCAAUGAUUAUAUAAUCUGGCCACAACAAUGAUUCCCGGAUCUGGUAACAUUUUGAGAAUUAUUAAAAAGUUGAAUAAUGAAUUUAAAUGUUACAGAUAUACACUGAGAAGUCUUAGUAGAUUCACAAGCUAAGAAAUGUAGCAUUUAUGUAAGUAAGAUCAUCUACGGUAGAAUAUGCAACGUAAAUCUUGCAGUUGCCAGGCUGAGGCUUACAAGUACAUUUGGCAGUUUGAUGUUAGCGUAUACACAGACUGCUGAAGCUGGAUGUCAUGUGUGCAGUCGACCUUAUAGAUGCACAGACGUUGUAAAUCAAUGGUAUACAGUACCGACAAGAUGAUGUAUUAUUCAUAUGUGCAACAUUUGGGUGUCUUUACUUUCUAGACGUAAAGCCAUCCAGUGGCUUUAUCAACACAAUACUCGGACAUAAUGUGAAGACUAGGGAAAUAGACACGUCUACAACAUACCCAGAUGCUGCACAUGUGUGUAAUUUAUCAACAGGUAAAAACGUAAAGGGCAUGUCUCCUUACAUUCAUUACCACUACUUACCUUGCGGUAAGUAGGCACCUUGGUGUUACUCACCUGUUGUGGGUCACUUCCUGGGAAACAGUCAUCUGCUACAACAAACCUCUGAGACACUCAAACUCCCUCAAGUGACCUAAUCGUCCACUCUAAUAUGAGAACCCGUGAAGAUAAUUGUUACAUCAGGUAUCCCUUUAUUCAACACUGUGUUGCACUGUCCACUUAUUGAGAAAUACAGAAACAUAUAAUGGGGUUCCCUGAGUGUUGUCAGCGUAGCUUACUAGUGAAAAAAAUGUACACCUGAAACUGAGUAAAUAUCUCAACUUCGCUUGUUAUAAUAUAUUUUACGUGCGUCAAAUAAUGAUAAUAUUGUAGUAUACAAGUAUACUUUAGUUAAACUUUUUGAUAGUG